GUAUGCCAUGCGGUGGGUUUGUAUGGCGGAAAGCACACAUAUUGUAGUCUUGAGCGCGCGGGACCUGUGAGGAUUUGGGAUACGACGUCGCGCAGUCCGCGGCUCGGACUAUUGCCGAGUUCCAUUGUAUCCUCGUUAAUUGUACGAACAGAGACGAAUUUAAGUAGGAGCGUUGUCUUCGGAGAUGUAGCUCGAAUGAUGCAGGCGAGCUUCCAACCAAUUCCUGGGCACGUAUAUUUUCACGUGGUUGUGAGGGGGGUUUUUUUUCUUUUCUGUUCCCUCCUUUGUUUCGUUUUCCUUUUCUGCCUCUCGUCCCCGUUCGGGAUCCUGCCUAUGUCAUGGUCAGAUCAUAGGGAUAUCGUGCGAUGUGCAAUGCCGAUACGUAUGCCUAAAUGUUACCGGCGUGCAGGUUAUGAAGGAGGUAGGUGGACAACGGGCAAUAGACGUGUGCAAAUCACAUCCGGAACGGCCAAAAGGGAGAUAACUUGCACACUCCUGUCAGCUUACCGUGCUUUGCAUCGCACCCGACCAUCCCUCCGCUGGCCGUCCCUCCAGCGGUGCACGGAGGCGACGUCCGUCCUAAAACUGAUGCCAACGCGUGUCGCAAAUUACCUAUGUUGAGAGGUAACCCAGGGUUUGCCGGUACAACUCAAAAGUGUCUUCUCAGGUACCCAUACAACGUAGAACCGACUUCUUCUUGCGAGCCACUACGUCGUCACAGUGGGCUGCGAUUAGCCACAAGGCGUCCUCGACGGUCCGGCGAGGGAAACACGGAGCCAGCCCUA